GUAACCAAUACAUCGCAAUGAGCUGGAAUGGGUUUGUCAAGGCUGUCAACAGAGCUACUACUACAGUGAUGCAAUCUGCAGGAGCUGUAGAAAAGACUAUUGACAAGGAAUAUGAGGCUGAAGAGCGCCGAUUCAAAAAUAUGGAGUCAAAGGUUGAGCGACUACAUAAAGAAGCAAAGGGAUAUCUAGAUGCUGUCAGAGCUACAACUGUGGCACAACAACGCAUUGCUGAGAUUAUUGACGGUUUUUAUGAUGAAAGCUCUAAACUACACAAUGCAGGCCGUUUGUAUAGGGAUGCCACCAACCGCAUGGAUGAAGAAAUUCGCACUGAACUUGAUGCUAAUUAUCGCAUUACUGUCCUGGAGCCCGUUGGUAAACUUAUUGGAGUAUUUCCAGAGUUCAAUGACGCUAUCAAAAAGCGCUCUAAAAAACUGUUGGACUACGACAGACUACGAAGUAGUGCUCGUAAACUUGUAGACAAGCCAUCAGACGACACAUCCAAACUUCCCAAGGCUGAAGCGGAAGCCAAUCAAGCCCGUAAUAUCUAUGAAAACAUCAAUCGACAAUUACUAACAGAUAUUCCUGAGCUCAUCAAUAUGCGCGUGGCUUAUCUGAAUCCAUCAUUCGAGGCAAUCGUCAAAUCACAGCUCGCGUUCAAUGAAGGCGCAUUUCAUAAAUUGGAUGGGAUUAAGACAGCAUUCCCUGAAGGGUUUGAACGAGGCUUGGAGGGCCGAGUUGAGGGAGUCCUUCAACAGAUGCGCGAGCUUAGCAUUUGCAAGUCGUCUUGAAAAUAUCGUAAAUUAAAUUAGGUUGACGUAAAGUGAACCCAUAUCGAUGUUUUGUGCAUCUAUCCAUCAAUAUCAUCUUAUUAAAACGAUCGAGUUGUGUUCAUUAU